UACUUCUCUCUCUCUGGCUAUGAUCAUGAUGAUAAGGCUGGCCUUAAAGUGGAUGACUUUCCUACUCUUAAUUGGGGUAAAUCAAUCGAAAUUCUCGACCGAUAUUUGCAGUUUUGAGAAUGUCGCUCUGCAUAAGGAAAUGUUGGAUUUUACGGGUCAGCUAGUGUUGAAAGUCACACAGUCUAUGCUCUUGACUGCAACGAAAAUAUUUGACUUGGUCAUUAAAGAACUGGAGUAUAUGACCGAUAGCAAUCCAGCUCUUCGAUUUCGUCUUAAUCUUUUGAGUCAGCACAUUCAAGCCAUAGAGGAAUCGAAGGUUUUGGAUGUCAAGAAGUUUAGCUCAUCGGCUGAUUUAAGUGUCUUGGCGAAUUUCUAUGAUAUGCGAGUGCAGAUUGAAAGUGAUUCAGAUGCUAUUAUACCCAAGUUGGCAAGGCUCUGCAAUAAUGUUCUAAAUACAGAUCACGCACGACGAUUUUCAAUCACAAAUAAACGCCGAAACGCAGCCUCAUCGUUAGCAUCAUUAACUUUGGAGGAUGAGUUAAUUGCCCAAUCUUUGGAACGAAAUGGCAUGCCUCUGAUGCGUGUAGUGAUGGCGGCUCAUUUGACCAAGUUUUUCGAAGAGUUGGAUGAAAUUCCCUUGGUAUUUCGUCGAAAUUUGCGUUGCUGGACUGAUCGUGAAUUUUUAACACUCUAUAAUCGGUUGAAGGCCUCGCCCACAGAGGCAAGUCGAUUGGAGAGAGCGAUUUCGAUAACAUUUGCAGUGUUGUACAAUCGUCGUUAGGACGAAUUUAUCGAUAAAAUGGAACACAUAAACUCAUGUGUGUUUAAUGAGAUAUUGUUAUAAUUCUUUAUAUAAACUCUUAUGUGUAGUCAAAGAAAGCUUUUAAAUUUGAUAUAUAUAAGAAUAGAAAAAUCGAUAAUGUUCAACGAGAACAAGAAAAGCAUAAAUUAUGUUUCCGUUUAUUUUAUAAUUACGAUAAAAUUGUUUAUCCGAGUGGCAGCAAUAAAAAAGCAAAACGCAA